AUGUGUGGAUGGUUGAAUACUCGUGUCAGUGUCUCCAGUGUUGACUGGAGCUGGACCUCUGGAACCAGUGAUACUUUAUUUGCUCCUGAGGUUGACCACACCACCAACACUGCCAUGGGGCACUACAUGGCCUUUGACUCAAGUGCCAUAACAGAUCAGAUUGCUUAUCUUCAGAGUGAGGUGCUGGAGCCUGAAUCUCAAGGUUGUUUGGAGUUCUGGUACCACAUGUAUAUGUGGGGCAGCGACAAGCUUAAACUAGCAGUUUAUGUAAAUGAGUCCAGUUCUCUACGCUGUCUGUGGAAUCGAACUGGCAAUCAGCAGAAUGUGUGGCACCAUCUCACUGUUGACUACAAAUCAUCUGAACGACACCAGAUUGUGUUUGAAGCUGUGCGUCGACACUUAGAUUAUGGAGUCAUAGCUUUGGAUGACAUCUAUAUCAGGAGGAACACACGUUGCUCUGAUCUUACUCCAACAACACCUGCGCCCACAACUGAGCCCACCUUUCCACCUGCGUCCUCGAUGGACUGCAACUUUCAGGAGGGACUAUGUGACUGGGUCCAGGAGACAGACGAUGGAUUUGACUGGACCCAUCAGAUGGGUGGACAGGUGAAGGAACCAUUGUUAGGACCUUUAUAUGACCACACCAUAAAAAACAACAAUGCUUUGGAUGACAUCUAUAUCAGGAGGAACACACGUUGCUCUGAUCUUACUCCAACAACACCUGCGCCCACAACUGAGCCCACCUUUCCACCUGCGUCCUCGAUGGACUGCAACUUUCAGGAGGGACUAUGUGACUGGGUCCAGGAGACAGACGAUGGAUUUGACUGGACCCAUCAGAUGGGUGGACAGGUGAAGGAACCAUUGUUAGGACCUUUAUAUGACCACACCAUAAAAAACAACAAUGGGUUUUAUCUUAUUGUAAAUAUGUCUGGAGAACAUGAAACCAGUGAGGCAGCUGUCAUUUCAACGCCAAUGAUCAUUCAAAGCACUGAUGUCUGUAUUGGAUUCUGGUACUACAUGUUAGGAGCAUCUCUUGGAAACAUAGAUCUGCUUGUCGAGACGAAAACAAUGGAAACCAUCGCAUGGACAAGAAGAGGCUCCCAGACCUCUGAGUGGCUGAACGCACAAGUUUCCAUUAGUACUGCAGAUGUUGAUCGAGUGAAGUUCUCAGUGAUCAGAGCAGCAGGAGGCAGCAGCUUCAUAGCCAUCGAUGACCUCAGAGUGACUGCAGGAGCCUGUGUGGAGCACAACCCGUGUGGAUUCGAGUCUCCCUCGCUUUGUGGCUUUGAGUCAGAUGUGACUGACAGCUCUAUCUGGCUCCGUGUGGAUGGCAGCAGUGGCCAUGCAGACCAUACAUACAGAACUGAACUUGGCCAUUCAAUGGCUGUGCUUGGAGCCAAACUUGAGAAACCAGAGGUCUCAAAUCUUCUGACACCAGAGUAUAGCCCAUCUACAGAGUCCUGCGUGCAGUUCUGGUAUUGGCUGUCUGCAGGCUCAGGUGAUUCUCUGUCAGUACAUGUUCUUCUGAAUGGGGAGCUGGGUCCAGCUCUCUGGUCUCUUUCUGGAGCAUCUUCUGAUAUUUGGGAGGUGGCAGAAGUCACUGUGUCAUCUCCCUCUGAAUUCAGAGUUGCAUUCAGAGCAGAGCUCAGCACAAACUCUGAGUCAUUUGUUCUUCUGGAUGAUGUCUCAGUUAAAGCUGGAGCAUGUUCCUCAAGAGGAAGUUGUGAUUUUGAGUCAGGAAAGUGUACAUGGGUGAAUGUUGCUAAUGGCGUCACAGAUGGACAUGACUGGAUUCAUGCAGACGGUCACUACAGAGGUCCUUUGGUCGAUUACACUACUCACACUGCAGAUGGCAAGUUUCUUUUGAGCCCAUCUCAGAGGAACACGCAAGGCCAAAAAAGUAGUUCUGUGCUGAUCUCAGAAAAGAUCCAGCCAACCAGUGACUCCUGUUUUGAGUUCUGGUACCAUAUGAAUGGAAGUGACCCUGGAACACUUAGAGUGCUAUUAGAUUCAGGUGCAACAGAGCAAGAACUGUUGUUUGAAACACAGAUCACUGGGAGCAACUGGAAAAAUGUCUCUGUCACUAUAGCUGAGACCAAACCCUUUAAGAUUUAUAUAGAGGCUCAAACGGGCAGUGAAGGCUACAUCGCUGUGGAUGACAUUAGACUGACAAAUGAGCCAUGUAAAGACAUCAGUGUGGAAAGUGGAGUGUUUGUUGGCUGUGACUUCGAGACAGGCACCUGUGAAUGGAAAGAUAUCAGUGUUGGGCAGUUUGUUUGGGAAAGGGACCAGAAUGGUACAACCACCGCCAACACUGGACCAUCAGUGGACCACACUACUGGCACAGAGCUGGGCUGGUACAUGACAGUAGAAGCCAGUCGUGGUGAGCAGAACAGCUAUGCUGCUCUACAGAGUCCCGCCAUGAAAGAGGCCAGCAAUGAGUGUCUACUUGAAUUCUACUACCACAUGUUUGGAGAGGGCAUUGGGGAACUGAAAGUGUUCCUCCAGGAGGGCACAAGGAGGACGCCCUUGUGGUGGAUGUCUGGUAAUCAUGGAGAUGAGUGGCAUUUGGCAGAGUUGAAUGUGGGUCGCACACAUCAAGUUUUCACUCUCCUCUUCGAGGCUACCAGAACCUACAGUGAGCUUGGUGACAUUGCUAUAGAUGACAUCUCCUUCUUCAACUGCACUCUGCCAGGGCCUCAAGAAUCUUGUCAAGAGGGAAUGUUUACAUGUUCGAACAAGGUGUGUGUGGAGCCGAACAGAGUGUGUGACUACAGCGAUGACUGUGGUGAUGGCGCAGAUGAAGAGCUCUGUGAUGUAAAGGGUUUUACCCAUCGCUGCAGUUUCGAGCAUGGCAUGUGCUCGUGGGAAAAGAGUGACUUGAAAGCUGGCUGGAUUUUGCAGAAAGGAGAACAGGCCUGGCCUAAGCAUGGACCACCAAGAGAUCACACCCGCAAUACUGCAGCAGGUCAUUACAUUACUCCAGCACAUGAUCUGAGUGAGAUCCAGACAGCAGAGAUCAUCUCCAGCACCCUGCUGCCCAGCACUGAUUGCACCGUGAGGUUCUACCACUAUUCUCGUGGUGAAAAUAGCACAUCUGCCAGGCUAGUCGUCAUAUUGAGGACGCUUCAUAAUGGAGAUAAUGACCGUAUUCUUUGGGACAAGACUGUGACACAGAGCUUCCUCUGGCACAGAGCGGAAGUCACCUUUUCUACCUCAGUUAAGAGCAAGAUUGUUUUCCAGUAUGUGGGAAUGGGUGAGGCUCAUGUGCCACAGACAGCGGUGGACGAUCUUUCCUUCUCUGUGACAUGUGCUCAUGAUCCUGACAACAGUGAGCUGCCAGUCACACCUGAGCCAACAAUGACACCAGCUACAGCAACACCAAUGACUGAUGCUCCUCCAGCUUCACCAACAGUCAACCCUUGUAAGGAGAAUGAGUUUCAUUGCUGGCGAUCAGAUGGUGUAACGUGCAUUGCAGCUGGUUCUCAGUGUAAUUAUGUCCUAGACUGCCCUGUAGGGGAAGAUGAAGAAACAUGCGGUCCAUGCAAUUUUGAGAAUGGACAGUGUCAAUGGAGUGAUAUAAGUGUAGGUCCUAACAAAUGGCAAUGGGUGAAGGCCUCAAACAACACAGAUCUGCCCACUGACCACACCACUGGAACAGGGCACUACAUGCAGACAUAUAUCAUGGAUCCAUCUACGAAUGAGGCUGUGUUUCAGAGCCCAUCCCUGCCUAUCAGCUCUGCAUACUGUCAACUUCUGUUUCACUUCCACAUGGGUGCAGGAAGUGCAGGCAAUCUCAGUGUGAUCCUGCAGAAGGGAGAGGAGGACAAGAAGCAACUCUGGUCACGAUCCAGCAGCACUUCAACUCAGUGGGCCCCAGAACACUUACCACUGGGCAAACAAGAGCAGCCUUACAGGAUCAUUUUCAGCAGCCAGACCUCACUCAGACAGGAUGAUUCAAGGUCUACAACUCGGACCAUGGCCCUGGAUGAUAUCUCCUUUCACAACUGUGAGAAAGACUACCAACCUCCAGACUUUUCCUUGGCCACAUGCUCCUUUGAGAAGGACUUGUGUGGGUGGAUCCAGGGAGCUGCAGAGGACCUAGACUGGGAGAGAUGGAGCGGACCUACUGAGACCCCAAAUGCAGGUCCUCCGGGCGACCACACUAGUGGAAAUGGGUAUUAUUUGUACAUCAAGAGCUCAAGUCACAUCAGAACGAGGGAUACGGCUCAUCUGAAGUCUCCUCUGUCUCCCCCAACUGGACCUGAUGGGUAUUGCUUCAUGUUCUGGUAUCACAUGUUUGGAGCAACAGUGGGAUCACUAACAAUGUCUAUAUAUGACAUUUCAUCCAACCACAUCACAUCAAUGUGGCAAAGGAAGGGUUCUCAGGGGAAUGAAUGGCAUAUGGCUCAGAGUCAUGUCAAACUGACAGAAGUUCAUCAGAUAUUAAUUGAGGCUUCAGUUGGAGGGCCGUCUGGUCACAUUGCUAUAGAUGACUUAUCUGUCACUAAAGGUGCCUGUGCUCCCACAGAGGGAAUUUGUGACUUUGAAGAGGGGGAUUGUGGCUGGAUACAGCAGACUGAUGAUGACCUGGACUGGAUCCGAGUGUCAGGAAAUAAUGUCCGCUCUAAAUCUAGACCUGGUUUUGAUCAUACAACCAACACAGCGAGUGGAUACUACUUUUAUAUGGAAAGUGCGCCUACCCAUGUGCAAGGACAUACUGCUAGAAUGACAUCUCCUCUGCUUCAAACAGCUGAUGCCAAGUGUCUCCAGCUGUGGUAUUACAUGGAGGGAAAGGGCACUGGGACCCUAAAUGUGUAUCAACAGUUCUCAGACAAAGAUCGGCCCCUGCUGGUGACCCAGUCUGGACAACAGGGGGGACUGUGGAGGUUUGCUCAGACUCCUCUAACCAUCUCAGGGUCAAACUACAGGAUUGUGGUGGAGGGGAUUACAGGCCAAACUGAACAGGGAGUCAUAGCACUUGAUGAUGUUCAGGUUUCAAACUAUCCCUGCACUGCUACAGGACAGUGUGACUUUGAGGUAAACUUCUGCAGCUGGAUGAAUCUGUUGGAGGUGGAUGAUGCUGACUGGCUCAGAGCCCAGGCAGGCACUGAAAAUCACACACGGCCCAGUGUGGAUCAUACCACCAACACUUCCACAGGUUAUUACCUUUAUAUGGACAGUUCUGUGGGGGCCUGGGGAGAUACUGCCAUGAUCCUGAGUGAGAUAUUCACCCCUGACAGCAGAGGGCACUGCUUCACAUUCUGGUAUCAUAUGUAUGGAUACAAUGUUGGAACGCUCAAGUUAUACAAAAAUAACAGGACCGCCCAUAACACCGGCAAUAAGUUUGGCCAGAUAGUAUGGGAGGAGUCAGGAGAUCAGGGCAAUGUCUGGAGGAGAGGCAACAUCUAUGUAGCAUACCGAGAGCCUUUCUGGUUUAUAUUUGAAUUCCUGAAGGGAGCAGGUCCCAAAGGAAGUAUAGCUAUUGAUGAUAUUCACAUAAUUCCCGGGCCUUGUGAUUCAUAUCCCACCUCUCCACCUCCACACCACCGUGACACUGUAGGUAUCGGCGUUGGAGUGGGAGUGACCCUUUUUGUGAUAUUUACUGUUGGUGCUGUCCUUUUUGUGCUGAAUAAAAAAAGAAAAAGGGAAUCUAUACUUGAAGAUGACAUGCUUGAUAGUAACUUUUCUCAUAGCCACUUUGACUGCAACAUGAGUGGUUUAACAUCUACAGGAGAGAACGGCAACUCCAGUGACUUAAGGAAUAUUUUAUUUUCAGCAGAUGGAAAUGACACAUCUUUUACAUAAGAUGAAGAAUCCCAGACACAGACAGAAACAGAUCUUUGUAAAUCUCAUGUCAUCUACUGUAUAUCUUUAUUAUACUGAGAAAUAAUUACAGUGCUCCAACCAUUUGGAUUAACUGUAGCCAUUUGGCAUUUAAAUGCUUGACUGACUGAAUCAUUGCCAAACACAGCACAAACUUGAGAGGACACCAUGUGCUGUAAAACACAAUAA